CCCAUCUCCCUCUGUAUGCUCUCUCUUUGUCCCAGAUGCAUGUGUCCGGAGGGCUGGGAAUGGACAGUCUGAUGCUGAGGGUGUUGAAACUGAGGUCCUAGUGAGAUGUCCUGGAGUGGCAACACAAACCAGUCUUCUCCAUUAAUGACAGCUCUGCCUCUGCCCUUCAACAGUUCCACCUCUCCACCUUUCCCGACACUGGAGGAGGGAAGGGCCAGUCAUGAGACUGAGCAAGAGUGGCCGGGGAAUAAGUCCCAACUCCUCUCAGACCUCGCUGUUCUCGGGCAGGAUGGAGUUUGCCAUAUGCCUCCUGUCCUCACAGUAUGUCUGAUAGGGUGGUACAGCAUUACAAUGGUGCUGGGGUUGCUGGGGAACGUAGGCCUCAUAUGCAUCAUCACCCGUCGCAGAGAAAAAGUCAAUGUCACUGGCAUUUUCAUCUGCAACCUGUCAUUCUCUGACAUUCUGGUGUGUGUCUUCUGCCUCCCCUUCACAGUCAUAUACACACUAAUGGACCACUGGGUGUUUGGGUCACUAUUAUGUCGGCUGGUGCCGUUCAUCCAGUGUGUGUCUGUGACCGUCUCUGUGCUGUCUCUGGUGUUCAUCGCCCUGGAAAGACAUCAGCUCAUCAUUAACCCCUCUGGGUGGAAACCAAGCAUUCGUCAGGCUUACAUUGCACUUGUGUUCAUUUGGAUUCUGGCCUGCUUCACCUCCUCACCUUUCUUGGCCUUUCAGCUCCUCACAAAUGAGCCCUAUGCCAAUGUCAUGCCAGUCCUGCCACAGUCUCCACUCCAUCACCAAGCCUCUCCUCAGGCUUAUCUCAAUGCAUCUCCACCUCAGUCUGUUUCCUACACUUACAAAAACUCAUCUGUGCUUACAAAUUCAUACCGUACACUCUUUUCGUACAUCCCGGCCUCUCCACAUAUGGAGGCCUGUCUGGAGCACUGGCCAUCCCAGCAGCACAGGCUUGCUUACACUACAUGGCUCCUGCUGUUCCAGUACUGCGGUCCACUGCUGCUGGUCCUACUCUGUUAUGUUCGAGUUUUUGUGCGCCUUCGCCACCGCAAAGACAUGCUAGACCGUACAAGGAGCUCAGAGAGCCAGCGCGUGACCCACAGCCGCCGAAUCAACAUCAUGCUGGUCUCCCUCAUAACAGCCUUUGCCCUCUGCUGGCUGCCGCUCACCAUCUUCAACGUGGUAUCAGACUGGAACCAGGAGGCUUUGCCCAUCUGCCACCACAACCUGCUGUUCUCCCUCUGCCACCUGCUAGCCAUGUCCUCCACCUGCAUCAACCCCAUCAUCUACGGCUUCCUCAACUCCAACUUUCGGCAGGAGGUGAGAGAGGUGCUCCUGCACUGCCGCUGCAGCCCACUAGAAGAGGAGUGUGAGCGUUUCCCCAUGUCGACCGUACACAUGGAAGUGUCUCGCACCUCUAUGCCUCUCAACUGCAGGAGCAACUCUGUUUGA